GUUUGAGGCAGGAUAAUGGUGCUCGUGUGUGUGGGGGGGAAGGGGGAGGAGUGGAGGAUAAUAGUACUGAGUAAAUCUGGUAAAAUAAUGGUCCUGGCAUUUCACAAGAAACCCACGAAUUGGUAAUGGGAAAUAGACGAUGUUUCGGUCGCCUCGGUGACUAUUGUCAAGUCUCAAAGGCAACAAGGAUGAUGUUUUUGGUUGCGUCUGUAUGUGUGGAAGGAAGAGCAGGAUAAUGGUGCUGGGUGCGUGAGGACUGGAUAAUGGCACUGUGAGGGUGUGGGCGUGGUGUCGGGUAUCUGGGCGGUGAUCAGACACGCUGCUGACCCUCGAUUGAUCGUCGGGGUGACCCUCAGGGCUUGGUCCUUGUGUCUACGGAUAGAAAGGCGGUAUUGCUGUGUGUUAGCCAGGGAGCGGCGCGCCCGGUCGAUAGACCUGGUCCCCCAUUAUUCCAUUACUGAGGCCCGGGUGGCGGCGCUAAGUUGCCUAUCAGAGGCCGGGCUCUGUUACCGAAUCAACACGGCCGUAACGCGAGCCGCCACCGAGCGUCGCCGCUGCCCGCCACUGAUUGGCAGACCGGUCGAUGAUUGACAGCGUUGUCAUGGCGACGGUGGACGGGCAGCCAAUGGCAUGUAAGAACAGCUAUAUGGGUAGGGUUAAGGGCGGAGCGAGGCGGUGAUUGGUGGAAGUGGCUCCUGGAGGGCGAGGCAGUGCGGAGCCCCGCCUCCUGGCCCGCCAGCGGCACUGCGCGGCGGCCUCGCUGGAGUCCUCGCCUGCCGUUGAAACCGCCAAGCUGGCGUCCUCCGUCGCGGACCUGCUGCGGGCGCUGCAGCCCAACAUGGCGCUCAUGACUGGACUCAAUAGCCUGGGAUCUUUCGGUUCCUUCGGUACGUUCUCGGCACUAAACGCCCUGAGCGCCAAUGCGGCGAACGCCGGGAGUUUAGGAGGUUCUAGCAGUCCUGUGGUGCCGACACCGAUGGUGCCGCUACCCUCACUCUCCUUCACCGCCGCCCAAGUGGCCGCCGUCUGCGAGACUCUAGAAGAAAGUGGUGAUAUGGAGCGUCUUGGACGGUUCUUGUGGUCGUUACCAGUGGCUCACCCGCACCUUCACGACCUCAACAAACACGAGGCGGUGCUGCGAGCGCGAGCCCUCGUCUCCUUCCACGUGGGAAACUUCCGAGAGCUCUACGCUAUCCUGGAGUCUCAACGAUUCUCGAAACCUUCCCACGCGCGGCUACAGGCGCUGUGGCUGGAGGCGCACUACCAGGAGGCAGAGCGUCUUCGUGGUCGCCCGUUGGGCCCAGUCGACAAGUAUAGAGUUCGUAAGAAGUUUCCCUUUCCUAGGACCAUCUGGGACGGCGAACAGAAAACCCACUGCUUCAAGGAACGCACAAGAUCUCUACUUCGUGAGUCCUACCUGCAGGAUCCCUAUCCCAACCCCAGCAAGAAGAGGGAGCUGGCCUCGGCCACGGGUCUCACUCCUACACAAGUUGGCAACUGGUUCAAGAACCGGAGGCAGCGAGACAGAGCAGCAGCGGCUAAGAACAGGAUGCACCAGUUCGGGGCGACGGGGAUUCCAGCUUCUCGACGAGAAACAGACACCCGGUCUCCACUUGACGAUGACGACGAGGAGGACCUCAUAAACCCCGGUUCUCCUAAUACCUUCGAGGACGACAUCUCCGAAGAUGAGGUGUCAUUGGACGCUCGAUCUCCGCCUCCGCCUCCUACCUCUGUUCCUCACACAGCGACAUCUUCAGAUAUUCACGCGACUUCGAGUAGUCUUCCUCUUUCCCUUACCUCCAAACCUCCGGGCUCUCCUCGGCCUCCAAUGCUUUCCUCACCUUCGAAGAACCAGGCAAAAGAUCAAAGUCGAGCAUCGCCUAACCUCAAGGACGACCCAGAGAGCUCGACUUCCCUGCUCUCCGAGACGCCCAGUAUCUCGAGCUCUUUUCAGGCUCUGGCCCCAGCUCUCACCAUCGCCUCUCUCGUGUCCUCUCACAAGAGACCUGCGUCACCUUCUGACCACUAUGUCACACCAAUCCGACCAAUCCCUGAGCGACACGUCUUUGGUUACUCAUCCAUGCAACCAAUGACGAAGCGGCCUUUUACUCUGUCUCCAAUGGGACCAAUCACAGAUCGCCAUUUCCUCUCAACGGCAGGCGCCUUUCAACCAAUCAGGUUGCAGCCAAAACAGAAGGAAGAGACGUAAGAUGAUGCAGCAUAAACGACUGGUCUCUAAUUAUGUGAUAUAGUGUAACUGGCGAAGAAGUUGCGGACUCUUGUAUACUGACCGUCAGAGUUUCAUUUUGCGAUUCCCUCGCGUCAAUCAGUGUUAUACAUUAUGUGAAGAGCUAAACCCACGUGGAUCAUUCAGCAUAAUCAGUGGCGGAGGAUCGAGCCUCCGUCCACAAACGCGAGACAACUCACUGUUCUUAAUCAGUCAUGGUAAGAAAACCAGGGCUACGACUCUCGUACGUAAUUAGGAUUUUUAUUAAAUAAAAUUCAUAUAUAGUGUAAAAUAGUACUCUGUCAUGUAAAUAAAUGUAUUUCUGUACAAAAGCAUUCAUUCAACUGUAUGUUGUCUCUUAGUGUGAGGCUAGUCUGCACAUGCACAAUUUGCAUACUAAUGGCAAGUAGGGAAAUCAUAUUUGUAAAUAUAUAUAGCAGACCAAUCAAUAGGUCUGAGAACAUUUGAUAUCAGACCUGUUAUUCUUAUUUAGUGUGUAAACUUUACUGACAAAUUAACAGAAGAUAUAUGUUGCAUAGCAUUUAAUUAAUGUACAUAACGAGGGCUAUAUUAUACGUCAACACUACCAUAUGUGUCCUAAAUCUCCAAAAGCGAUGUAGUGUAGGAUAAUUUAGUCAUUUUAUUCUCUAUAUAAGACUAAUGUGUAUAAAUCCUAUGAUCGCAGAGGAGAUAAAAUCCCUUCCAUACUAGGUGGGAGGAAGUUGUGUUCCUGGAACAGAGUUCGUAAAACUCUUGGGUCGUGAUACAGUGCGGGUUAACAUACGCAGGGGUCUUGAUGCAGAAUACGUAAUGGACAAAUCCGCUGGAAUCUUAGUUCCAGCGAGUCGUCACAUUCGUGCAAUGGACGAUUAUCUAAAUCUCUGUUAUUCAUAUCUAGCAGCCACUGUGACUUCUGUGAGAAAGUGACAGAAGCCAAAUACUGGGAAAUUAUUUCUGAGAAGAGCGAAGAGAGUAAGCAAGUAAAAAGAGACUGUGUUUGGGUAAUAUUUUAGAGAGGCAAAAAGACAGGAUAAAGCAAGAUCAAUUAAGAGAGGAUGUGUGGGCUACUUUAAUACUUGUGAUUGGUCUUCAUGUGAAUAAAAAUAAAAAAAUUUUACUACUCCAUUUCGACCUUCUGUUUAGGCCCAGUGACCCUCAGCUGUGUGUGUGUGUGUGUGUGUGUGUGUGUGUGUGUGUGUGUGUGUGUGUGUGUGUGUGUGUGUGUGUGUGUGUGUGUGUGUUUGUGUGUGUGUGUGUGUGUGUGAUUCAAUCUCGAUGAUCUCGACAGACAGGAAGAAAAGUCACAAUUAACCCACAAAUUAGAACUUGAAACUAGACAAAGUUUGUGUUGAUCCUGGACGAUUAUGGAAUAACAGGACAGGAAAGUCUGGAUAUAAAAGUAUCCUAGAGCACUGGUGACAUAAAUUAGCUGCAAUAUUCGUUCUAUACAAAAAGUUCUAGUCAACAGAGACUCCGCUUACUGAAACCUGAGAAACAAACAGAUGUAUAGAAGAACACGACUUCAUUGGAAAAGCGUUCCCCUCUCCCCCCCUACUGUAAGGGCGAAACGUUGUCUCAAUGAAUGCUUGAGCUGCUACAUGUUGUUUCUUCCUGUCAUCCGUACGCCCUGCAACCUACAGACAGCACAGGGAGAGGAAGCACAGCGCUACACCCACAGGAGCCAUACAGAGGCCUGGGGAAUGGCAGGCAGUUAGGUCCGAUCGGAGGAACAGAAGGGUAACUCCAAUUCCCCUCACCAAGAGCCCCUUACCCGGCAACAAGACAACACUCCCCUUUUAAAAAGGAUGAUACUCUCGGAGAGGUUGAGAGAAGGUGCUUACUUAACUUGUGUGUUUGUGUGUGUGUGUGUGUGUGUGUUAGUGUGCAACUGCAGGCUCGCUGCUGCAGCCUCCCGCUAGAUGGCAGUGGCAACUCAGGUCAUAUCCUUCUCUACUUAUAAACAAUGGAAUGAUUUAUUAGUUGCACAAUGUAUUCAUUUACAUUACAAUGUGAUGGCAGCGUAACUGUUGUAUGGCCUGAAGACGCUUGAUGCAGACCAAAACUUUACUGUAAUCUAUGUUUGGCUCUGGCUAGAGCUUCAGAAAAACUCUGUCCAGAACAAAACGUCGUCUAUGAUAAAAAUUUGCUCUGUACAAAGCGUCUCUAUGCCUUAGUUGUCGGCAUCACCUGCCAUUCUACGUAGAGCAAAACCGCUAUUUACAAAGACACAAACCAGCAUCAGUGUGCCACACGACACGUCAUCUGGAGCAAGACGAGGCACAGUGAUACUGGCUCUGAGUCUUAAGUGGUUCUCCUCUCGUUUGUUUUCACGUUGUUGUGAAAUUAUCAAGAUAAACGUGUUUGGUAACCGUGUAAGCUGUUGAGAUGCGUCGUGCUAAGGACACAGCCGGGAAGUCCAGCUAAAUCCUUUCACGACUAAUCCACAAAUUUGACAGGAAAACUGAACGGCAUUUCGACCCGUCCUGUACUAUUUGCACUGGAGACAUAAAAAUGCUCCAAGACAGACGAAGCUUCGUCCAGUUUUCAUUUCUAAUUUGUAGGCUAGUUCUAAAUUGCUCCUGUCAAGGCAUUGUGAUUUUUUAUUCACAUAAAAUAUCUUGGUAGGACUGUGGAGCUCUGGAGCUCCAGUGGCGAUGCGGUUUCACAGGCUUGUGUCAUAAUAUAUGCGAGUGCCAUACACAGGACACAGUGUGCAUUGAGAACUGACUCUGGUGCCAAAUCUGCAGUUGUUUAACUCCGUGUAAAAUAUGUAACGAGGCCAAGACGAAAACAAUCAGAGGGACAAAUGCCUUUGUAAUCGUGUGGUGAAGGAGGUGACGAAGAUCGCGUGUUGGCGUCUGACCCCUUCAUUUCACCCGAGGAAAGUGAGGGAAAAAAACCAAGCGGGAUCACAAUAGUUGAGUCUCGAUCCUCGUCCUCAAUCUCCGGCUGAUUUGGCACCUGUGUUCUCGUGACUGGCGCUAUCACUGGAUACUUGUUGUAAUCCCACAAAUGACGACUAUUUUCUACUCGUGCUGGCGAGGCUGACCUCCUCAACACUGUCUUUACCUACUAAAGAUAGCUAAUGUUAGCCCGACUAUCGCGUUACUAACUGCCUUAAGUGUUAAUAAAA